GUGCGUGUGAGCCAUGUGUGCAGCCAGUACAGCACGUCAGGUUCUUUGCCAGAGGACAAGAAGGAGUUUCUGCAGAAUGGCCCAGACUUGCAGGCCUUUGUCUCUGGAGACCUGUCAGACAGGAGCACAUGGGCUGAGUAUAAAGGCAACUUAAAGCGUGAGAAAGGAGAGAGGCUGCGACUUCCUCCAUGGCUGAAAACAAAGAUCCCCAUGGGCAAAAACUACAACAAGCUCAAGAAUACCUUGAGGAGUUUAAAUCUCCAUACGGUGUGUGAAGAAGCACGUUGUCCCAACAUUGGGGAGUGCUGGGGAGGUGGUGAAUAUGCCACAGCUACAGCUACCAUUAUGCUGAUGGGUGACACAUGCACUAGAGGCUGCAGAUUUUGCUCAGUAAAGACAGCAAAAAAUCCACCUCCACUGGAUCCCCAGGAGCCUUUCAACACAGCCAAGGCUAUUGCCGAGUGGGGCUUGGACUAUGUGGUACUGACAUCUGUGGACAGAGACGAUAUGCCUGAUGGUGGAGCAGAACACUUUGCAAGGACAGUCUCGCAUCUGAAGGAAAGAAACUCGAAAAUCCUGGUGGAAUGCCUCACUCCCGAUUUCCGAGGGGACCUUAAAGCCGUGGAGAAAGUCGCGCGGUCGGGGCUGGAUGUUUAUGCUCACAACGUGGAGACGGUCCCAGAGCUCCAGAG